AAAACUAGAACCAAAGCACAGCGCCAUAUCUACAGCUAUAUGACCCCUGUAUAUAUAUAGGCAUAUUUAUCAAUAUAUAUAUAUAUAUAUAAUACCAUAUAAAUAACAUACCCUACUACGGAGACAAAGCGAAACAGAGACCACAUAAGCUAAUAGACACAGAGCGAGAGAAAGAGAGAAUGGUGGAUGUAGAGAAAUCUUUAACCCUAGAGGACCACCAUCCUAGGGUUCAACCCGAUGAUGACGAAGAGCCAGAGGAAGGAGAGAUCGUCGGCGACGAUGACGGAUCGUCGUCUUCCAAACAACUGACGGCCGUCGUCAGCCAACCACAUGUGCUGGAGCACUCGUGGACGUUCUGGUUCGACAACCCCUCCGCCAAAUCAAAGCAAGCCGCUUGGGGUAGUUCCAUUCGCGCCAUCUACACCUUCUCCACCGUCGAGGAGUUCUGGGGCCUUUACAAUAAUAUACACCAUCCAAGCAAGUUGGCUGUGGGAGCAGACUUCCAUUGUUUCAAAUAUAAAAUUGAGCCAAAAUGGGAGGACCCUGUUUGUUCUAAUGGAGGGAAGUGGACUGUGACCUUUGCUAAGGGGAAGUCUGACACUUGUUGGCUGUAUACGUUGCUGGCGAUGAUUGGAGAACAGUUUGAUCAUGGAGAUGAAAUCUGUGGAGCAGUUGUCAAUGUCAGAAAUAGGCAGGAAAAAAUUGCUUUGUGGACAAAGAAUGCUGCAAAUGAAGCUGCUCAGAUUAGCAUUGGCAGGCAAUGGAAGGAGUUUCUUGAUUACAAUGAGAGUAUAGGGUAUAUAUUUCAUGAUGAUGCAAAGAAACUUGACAGAGCUGCCAAGAAUAAGUACACCGUAUGAACUGUACAGUUCCAAGAGGAUGCAAUAUGCCUGUCUGGGAUUGCAGUAGAGGCUGGAUACUAUAUUCAGAAUGUUAAACGAACUAUGCGUGUUUUCUUGUGAUUUGUUGCUUUACCAUUGUGGAUUUUUAGCAUAGAUCACUGACAUUUUCCCGGCACAAUCCCAAUUCCAAAUAGUUGAAGGGAAGGCUCUUUGAGUUGUUGAGUUUAUCAGUGAACUUUUCUCUUGAAACUUGCAGCACCUUCUUGUUAGGUAUAUGCUAAUAUUCAAUUUGCACUGGUUUUAUUUUCUGGAUU